UGUAGUUAGCCCUGCUUCAAUUGACCUGGGAACAAUUCACAUUGGUUAGUACAGCAUCUUCCAGAUACCUUUACAUGGCUUCAGAGCUAUGCACCUUUGAGUUGCCCUAGACUUUGCCAAUUACCCUCCGAAAUCGACUUUCCAAAGAUGUAAGAUGCUCAGAACUCUGCUAAAUCAGGUCAGAAGAAUAUAUAUUCAGUAGACACAAUGUGGUCUCCAGCAGUCCUCCUUACUUGCGCUCUUGCUGGCUUCACUGCUGCUCGCGAUAUCCGCCAUGUGGGAACAAAGGCUGCCAGCAGAGUCCCCGAGUCUCCUCGUCAGAAGUUUGGUCGCAUGCCACAGCCAAUCCAUACCAGGAGAGACACCAACUCGCUCUUGAUACCGCAGAAUGACAACACCACUAAAUACGCUGUUGAUGGUACUGCCCUUCCAGAUGUCGAUUUCGACAUCGGCGAGUCCUACGCUGGCCUUAUGCCUACAGGAGCAGACUCAUCUCGCGAGCUUUACUUCUGGUUCUUCCCUACUGCCAAUUCUGAGGGACAGGAUGACAUCACCAUUUGGUUGAACGGAGGCCCAGGCUGUAGUUCCCUCGAAGGCUUCCUGCAGGAAAAUGGACCAGUUCUAUGGCAGUACGGUACCUACAAGCCUAUCAAGAACUACUGGACUUGGGUCAAUUUGACCAACAUGGUCUGGGUUGAGCAGCCGGUUGGAACUGGUUUUACACAAGGUGAACCGGUGGCAACCAGCGAAGAAGAAAUUGCUGAUGAGUUUCUUGGCUUCUUCAAGAACUUUAUCGACACCUUUGGCUUGCACAACAAAAAGAUUUACGUCACGGGCGAGAGCUAUGCUGGUCUCUAUGUUCCCUACAUCGCAGAUGCCAUGCUGAAUCAGGAGGAUACCACCUACUAUAACCUGACUGGUACUUUGAUUUAUGACCCGGUAAUUGGCGAACGAGACCUUCAAACGGAGGUCGUGGCAGUUCCAUUCGCUGACAAGUGGUCUGGCCUCUUCAACUUCAACGAAUCUUUCAAUGACGACCUCCAUGAUCGCUUCGACUCUUGUGGGUACAAAGACUACCUGAACAAGUACCUCACCUACCCCCCUCCAGGCCCCUUUGAUGCUCCACCAGAUUCUUCGGUUGAGGGCUGCGAUCUCUGGGGCGACGUCCUGAAUGCUGUUUUCCUUACCAAUCCUUGCUUUGAUCUCUACCAGAUCGCUACUACCUGCCCACUCCUCUGGGACGUCCUCGGUUUCCCGGGCUCCUUUGACUACCUUCCUGAAGGCGCUUCCAUAUACUUCAACCGUACUGAGGUGCAAAAGGCCAUCAAUGCGCCCAUCCAAGAGUGGGCUGAAUGCGUGGAUGGCGUCCUCGACACUGACACUUCCCGCCCGGUCACCCUUUCCGUCUACCCCGGAGUCAUCGAGCGCUCGCAACGCACAGUCCUCGCCCAUGGUAACCUCGACUACGUGCUCAUCGACAUGGGUGCUCGUCUGGCUAUCCAGAACAUGACCUGGGGAGGUAAACAGGGCUUCCAGGAUGAGCCCUCCGACGACUUCUACGUUCCAUACCACCCAGAUGCCAGCCUGGGGACGCUGGCUGCUGCAGGCAAUCUGGGCAUUACGCAUACGGAGCGCGGGUUCACAUGGGUAGAGACGUUCUUGUCAGGACACAUGGUACCGCAAUAUGCGCCAAGUGCGGCGUAUAGGCAGUUGGAGUACUUGUUGGGUCGCAUUGACAGUCUGACGGAGGUCAGCGACUUCAGCACUUAGUAGGACGGUUACCAGCCAGUAGAUGUAGAAGCGCAGUAGUCGUAUGAGGCGUAUCAAUGCAUCUGAUGAUCAAUUGCCAUUCAAAGCAUAUGUGAGUGAAGUGAAAAGGACAACA